AUGAGUCUGCCUAAAGAAAUCGUGUCCUACCCACAGAAAGUACUUCCAAUGUUGUUUAAUUACUCAAAGAACAUAGAGGUGAUGAAUGCCCAGCUCGCCCCAGACGGCCCGCCACUUGGAUUCACUGUCUUCAGAAAGCCCAGCGCCACAUACCUGGCCAAAUUAGAACGUGCCACAGAACCUUUAUCCAAGUUUGCUAGGGCCUCAGCCGUUUUUCGAAGCCACUGUCAAAAGAAUAUUAGCCGUUCGAAAUCUCCUCUAGAUGCCACUGAGACAGGAUUGUCGAGAAAGAAGGAAAAACCGGAGCGCUCAGAAAGAAACAAGCCUGGGUGCAAGCAGUCUACUUGUACCCAAGGUAUUUCUCUUUCAAGGGUCAAAAACAGAAACAGGGAAGCAAAGGAUUCCAACAAAAUCAAUUUGCAGACUGAAAAGGCACUGAGAAAGGCACCCCAUACCGAUGCAGUUGCGUUCAUUUGCCAAUCAAAAAAUUUGAAAAGCAUAUUACUUGCACGCUCACUCUUGAAAAAGUUGUCAUUGGGAUCUAUCGAUCGAAAAACUCUGAUUCUUGUUGCCUACUAUGUCUUGGUUACUGCAAAAGCACAGAUUGCGAGAGCAACGAGGUUGCAAGCUAAUGGCACUCAGGAACCAUCUUUUUCAAGGCAGAGAGCUCAAAAUGGAUCGAAGCUAGCUAGGGCAUUUUCCAAGGGCUGUUAUUUGAACACUAAAGUCUCCUUGAAGCAAAAGCUCAGAAGAAUCGCAAGCUUUCUUCCUACCACGAGAAGACUUGGCAAGAGUCACAAUGUUUCUGAAUAUAAAUCAGAAAGGGACGAAGUUCCUACCAUUUACCUACUCAGAAGCAUCAGUGACAUUAUUGAAGACAUUGGAGACUUUGAUCAGAUUCGGGGAGCAGAAAUCGAUCCCUUUGGGCUCCGGGAUUACAUGUGCCGUUCUGAAACUAUGUUUGACGAGCGCAUACUGGUGGAUAUCCUCCCUGAUUUAACAAACGUUUCAAUUAAUGCCGGGAAGAGCUCUUCGUCCCUCUCCAAAAAAUCAGAUGGUGAUGUCGAAGCUUUCAACUUUGUGUCUGCAGAAUGCUUAGACUCAACCGAACUUACUAAAGAAAAAAAGAUCAACGAAUCUCCUUCCUCAAGUUAUGGUGGGCUUGAAGAGGAAAAAGUAGAACCUGCUGGCGCCACAGGGUACAGAACAAGAAAGUUCAUACUGGAAGAGUGGGAGACGCUCGAAACAAACGUGAGCUGGCUUGAAAUUGCAAUUCCAGGUGCAGCUUCAGGAUCUAGACAUCAAAAAGUCUUCCCAAGAAUUCAAAAUUCACGUGGUUUAAGUGAAGAGAAUUUAUUUGUCAAUCCUACUAAUACUUUCCCAACUAAGCCGGAGACAAAUCUUGACGAGGUGGACUGUGCAAGCAUUACCUCAUCCACACACUUGGUCGAAUCUAAACAAGUGGUGGGGACUUCUUUGGAAAAGCUUGACUGUGUUGUUGAUCCAGGAGCUUGUCCUGCAAAACAUAACAAUGAAUCAGAAAGUCUGACAGUAUGCUUGGAGCUCGAAUUGAGUAUGACCGAGUACGAGGAAAAGGAGGUUUCAGUCACUGGACUUUCUCAUUGUUCCGGUGAUCCAGAAAUAUCUAUCUCUCCCCUUCAAGUUCCAAAAUUGCCUAAGCUUCCCCCAUUCUUGCAUAGUUGCACCAAAGGAAAUUGGACACGAGCAACAUUGCCGCAUUACAUGCCACCAAUUCAAGAGGUAUUGGAAUCCGCCCUGAGUUCAAUCAACGAGAAAACAGCCGCAAGCUACAACGAUUUGAAAACUUCAAAGUACGCAUCUUCCUUGUGGAAUGAUGGUGACGAUGUGUUGGAAGUGAAUGACACUGACCUGAUACCUAUGAGCGGGGUAAAGUUCACGGCUGAAGACUCAAAGGCGUUUGCAGGUGAGAGCAAUGUCACGGCUGACGAAGAAGGCACUUUUGUUAAAGCGCUCCUUGCAGAAGGCCUGCUUAAUGAUUACAUCAGAGAGUUGGCAGCGCAAACCCGGCAAAGGCGCACUCACGCCAUAUCUCUUUGGACAAGAACCAGGUUGUUGCUUCUUGAGUUCGAGGAGGAAGAAACGCUGUCAACACAAAAGACAAGAUCAGUCAAAUUCGUGGACGCAGAAGACGACUGCUUAUCGAAUUCAGAUUUGAGUGUGAGUUCUGAAGGUUCCAUCACGGGGACCUCACGCCUUUCGGAAUCGAACGCUACCAAGGGUGAGGGAGUGACAAAAACGACUAACGGAGAGUACUUGGGGAAGGAAAAUCGUAUUCUUACACUCAUCAUUGAAAACUAUCUGCGCAUUUUUCUGCACUUGAUCACGAACAUUAUUUACCCGUGCAAUGAAAAGAUCCGAGUAUUGCUCCAAAGUAUCAUGGCCAUCAAGAGAACAGCGAGUGAAUUGGACUGCUUGGGAUCUGCCAUAUGUGACGAGCUUUUGUUUAUCAGCUCGAAUAUGGAUGGCAACGAAACAAUCGACUGCCAAUACUGGGAGACUAGAAUUGAGCAGAGUCGCUGUGCGUUAAAAACCUUGGACACACGGUUUGAUCAGCUUCACGAUGACUUGAUCUUGGUUCAGAAAAAGUUUGGGCAUGUUGUUGCAAGCAUUGCUGAUGAAGUCAGUAAAAUCAGCCAGAUGAGGGAGCGGGUUUGGGAGAAGUACCUCCUGUUCUACACAGCUAAUCGUGCGGGCAUAGUGUCGGAGGACAUCCACGAAUAUACCCAUGCGAAUGAGUACAAGAAGGCCACCACAUGGCACUCUUAUGUGAACACCGAUGAGUUGAAGGCUCUACUCAUAGAAAACAUCAAGGCACUAUGUGCAAACUAUUUGUCCAUGGGCGAAACGAUGUGUCUGAUUCACCAGGGUCUUGGCUAUGUCAAGACGGCGUUGGCCUUGCACGAGCUAGACCAGCAGCAGAAAGAAUCAGACCAGCGGGUCACAGCCAUUGAAGUGUCACAAGACACAUGUGGUCCAUGUGACCAGGUGUAG